AUGCAGGAAAUAGAGUCCAAAGGGGUUGGAGCCUCCGGUGGAGAGCUUGAUCUAGCUGGUGUUGACGUUGGAACUGUCGUAAAGCUUAAGGGAAGCAUAGGCACAUGGUGGGGUAACAGGCAAAUCAAGUUAGAACGAAUUUGGAUACUUCACACGACCAGUCAAGAAGUCAGUGCCUGGUCAGAGACCGUUGCAUUUCACACAGACAUCCUGAGAAAGCCCUGGAUGAUUAGUGAAGAAGAGCAGAUACGCGCUAGAGGAGGGAGUGACGGGGCCCAGCGCAGACGGAAGGCGCGAACAAGCCGCAAGAGCCAGUCAAAUGCAAGACCGCAGCUUAGGACGAGUACAAAGAAUGAGGGGAUAAGGUUUAGAAGUGAAAAGCAGUGGGAACAUGAGAAGGAUGUUUGCUCGGGGCCCAAAGUCGUGAUAUCUGAAAAAACAGGACUGCGUGAAGCCCAGAAGCGCGCAAGGGAAGAAGAACUAGAAAAGCGGCGGCUUGAAAGCCGGCAGGGAGAAAAUCCCCAACCUCAAGUUAUCAUGAAUAAAGUCGUCUCGAAACCGGUACUGCGGAAAUCUUCAAAUCAAGUCAAGGCAAAGAAUGAAAAGGACUUGGGCCCUGAGCUCCAGCGUUUCUAUCAAGAUGAGGCGACAUUCAAAAAAGAGCAACUGAGGCAACAGAGGGACGAGGAUCGAGCUGAGAGACAGCGACUCUUCAGCAAACGCUUGCGUACAGCGAAUGGCAGCUGCUAG